AUGCAGAACCCCAAGUCGCAUUACUACUGCAAAACCUGCGAUGAAGUCUUCAAAUCACCUAUGGAUUUUAAUGAUCACAAGCGACUGGUACCCGAUCAUUAUUACUGUCCAGAAUGUGAUGAAGAAUUCACAGACAGUAGCAAACUCUCGUCACACCAAGAAGCUAACCAUGACUACUGCGGUGUGUGUGCUAAGGUUUUCUAUUCGUUGUAUGAACUCAAUGAGCACAAUUGUAGCCAACAUGGCUACCAACACUGCCCAGCAUGCUCAGAAUAUUUCCCCAGUACUGAGACCUUAGAAGAACAUAUUCAAAUGACUCAUUAUUAUUGCAAGCGAUGCAAUCUGGCUUUCGAGACGCAUAAUGCACUUGAACUUCACACCAUAGGAAGCGGUCUGCAUCAUUUAUGCUCACUUUGUAGAGUUGAUUUGGAAGAUAUCGAAUCUCUGGAACAUCAUGUGCAGUCGGAACAUUAUUCUUGUACGAUAUGCGAGCAGAUCUUCGUGUCAUCAACCGCGCUUCAGGAACAUUUGACUCAGAGCAAUGAACACUACUAUUGCUCACAAUGCAAGUGUGACUACGAAGACACUCAAGCCUUAAAUAUUCACCUUAAGAUUCAGCAUCACUACUGCAAGCUUUGCUGUAUCUAUUUUGAUACUAACAAGGCUUUUGAAGCCCAUAAGAUUGAGAGCAGCGCUCAUCAUUACUGCGAUAUAUGUGUUGUAGAGUUUCGUGAGCAGGAAACCCUAGACACUCACGUUCGGAGUUGGCACGUCAUUGCCACCCAUCCCGAUGAAGAAGUAAUGAAAGGAGUAGCAACAGGAGGAGAAAUACUGAAUAAGGGAGUAAUGAACGAAGAGCGCAAAGACGAAGUGUCUAAGGGUGAAGAGGCUACAGGUGAAGAGCUUCAUGGUGAAGAACUUAACGGCAAGGUGUUCAAGGUUGAAGAAUCUAGGGAUGAAGAGAUUGGUGAUGAUUCUCAAUCAGGAGAGGAUCAGCCAACAAUCAGCGGAGCAAAGUGUCCCGCUUGUCUGGAGAUGUUUCCCUCAAAACUCUCAACGAUUCAUCAUUGCGAAGAAGGGGACUGCUGGAAAGAACUAUAUCGCGUCUUACGUCGUGAGGACGAAAGUAACGAAUUUACUAUUGACUCGGUCGAGAAGGCAGUGGCUCAUGAUACGAAGCAUUUUCGAUGCCCCCAGCCGUAUUGCGGUGAUUUGUUCACAAAAUUCAGUGGUUUGAUGAAUCACCUCGAAGUUAUGGAAUGCGGCAUCUGGCUAGAAGAGCGAGGGGGAGACGAACUCAACUAUCUAAAAAGCUACCUGUCUUAA